UUUUGUUUUUUUUUGUUUUUUUUUUUGGAUAACGUGGUUAAUGCUAACCACGAGCGUUAAAAACCGAUCCAAGGGGCAAGGACUUGUACGAGGAAUCGAAAUCUUUUUUAUCUUGCAAGGAACACUUGCAAUCUACAAAACGCGAAAGCUCAAACCCUUCUCCUCCAAGGACUGUACAGCACUUGCAAGGAACACCUCACACCAUACAAUGCUACUCGUAAUCUUUCUGAUCUUCCUUAUUUUGUUUCUGCUAGUGAAAUGGUAUUCCAAAUCUACAAAACGCGAAAGCUCAACCCCUUCUCCUCCAAAAUUCCCUAUUAUAGGAAAUCUCCAUCAACUUGGCUUGUACCCUCACCGCACACUUCAAUCUUUAGCUAAAAAAUAUGGCCCUUUGAUGUUGCUCCAUCUUGGGAGUGUGCCAGCUCUUGUGAUCUCAUCUGCUGAAGCCGCACGUGAGGUUAUGAAAACCCACGACCGUAUCUUUGCAAACAGACCCCAAAUGAAACUCUGUGACAUACUUUUAUAUGAAUCCAAAGAUGUCUCAGCAGCUCCAUAUGGAGAGUACUGGAGACAGAUUAGGAGCAUCUCUGUCUUACAUCUUCUCAGUGUGAAAAGGGUUCAAUCUCUUCGUGCCGUGAGAGAGGAAGAAACUUCCAUAAUGAUGGAAAAAAUAAGGCACUCUUCUUCUUCCUUCCUACCGGUGAAUUUAAGUAAAUUACUCUCCACAACCACCAAUGAUAUAGUUUGUAGGGUCGCUUUGGGAAGAAAAUAUGGUGGAGAAAGUGGGAGGCAAUUCAAGGAGUUGUUGAUGGAUUUUACAGAGCUACUUGGUACUUUUGUUGUUGGGGACUUUGUGCCUUGGCUCGAUUGGUUAACCCGAGUUUCUGGAUUGUAUUCUAGAGCAAACAGAGUGGCUAAACAGUUGGAUGAUUUUUUGGAAGAAGUGGUUGAAGAGCAUAUAAAUCAUCAGAAUGAAGCCAGCAAUCAGCAUGGUCGUUCAGAUACUGAAGGCCAUAAUGAUUUUGUUCACGUUUUGCUUGAGAUUCAAAGGACAAACACGAUUGGCUUCCCCAUUGGCAGAACUGUCAUAAAGGCUUUGAUAUUGGAUAUGUUUGCUGCAGGUACGGACACUACAUCUACCUUCCUAGAGUGGGCAAUGACAGAACUCUUGAGGCAUCCAGUUAUCAUGAAGAAACUGCAAGAUGAAGGGAGGAAUGUUGCUGGUAAUAGAACUCACAUAACUGAAGAGGAUUUGGGUCACAUGCAAUACUUAAAGGCUGUGGUUAAAGAAAUUCUGCGCUUGCAUCCCCCAAUUCCAUUACUAGUCCCACGAGAAAGCAUGCAAGAUAUCAAAUUGAACGGGUACCACGUUAAAGCUGGCACACGAGUAAUUGUAAAUGCUUGGGCCAUUGCAAGAGAUCCUUCAUAUUGGGAUCAACCUGAAGAGUUCAAGCCUGAGAGGUUCUUGAAUAGUUCAGUAGAUUUCAAAGGGAAUGAUUUCCAAUUGAUUCCGUUUGGAGCAGGGAGGAGGGGUUGCCCAGGAAUUGUGUUUGCUGAUGUUGUUAAUGAGCUUGUUCUUGCCAACCUUGUCCACCAAUUUGAUUGGACAUUACCCGGUGGAGCAGCAAUGGAAACCUUGGAUAUGUCCGAAACUGUUGGCUUAACCAUGCAUAGAAAGAGUCCCCUUAUAGCAGUUGCUGCUCCUACAUAAUUACAAGUAAAUGAGGGGAAAAAGCACGGAGGAUUUCAAAAUAAUAAAAGGUAACUUGCGGUGGAGUAAAUAAUGGUUGGCAUAUGUGGUCCAAUCUUCUUAACUCUGGUUUGAAUUUGAUUCUCAUGUUUUCUCUUUUAAUAGAUGAUAUAUAAUUUCACCUUAAACUUAAUUCAUCUACCUUAAAUUCAAUCAUAGUUGCCGUAGUGGUGGUCUUCCCUAAUCUUAUAAGGGAGCUU